AUGUAUGUAUGUGCGUCGGUUAGAUCUUUGACCCCAGAAGAAAUAGAAUUCAGAAGGAGAGCGCUACGGGACGCUGUAGUCUGUAUCGGUUGGCUAAAAAUUUUGUCAAUGAUAUGUUACCUAAGCCUGUACAUGUUGGUUUCCAGUCACAGUAAAGGUCCUUGGUCAACUGCCAUACAGAUAAUGAUUUUAGGAAUUAUACCUCUACAAAUUCUUAAUGGAGUAUUACUAUUCUGGGGUGCUACUGAAGAAAAAAUAGCAGCCUUGGAAUUGGCGCUGUGGAUGUGUGUAAUGAUAGCAGCAUACAAUACCGUUUUGGGUGUAAUUGGAGGAAUAUUCUUCACAAGAACUGGGUUCCUAUUCAUACACUUCGUGAUGGCUCUUAUGUUUUCACUUUUGUCAUUGUCCAUAUUUACUGUAUUGUGUCAUGACAUAAUAGUCAUUUACACAUUUAAAACUCUGGCCAAAUCUCCUUCAACUUUGGCACAUCCUCAAGAGAUAUUAGUGCCUCUAACACCUGCACUUUUGAACAAACAAUUAAAUAAUAAUCCGCCUGGGCCCUGA